AUGACAGGCGGCCCAGCGGCGACUCAGCCCGCAGCUUCUGCGUCCCAUUCACUUACAGGUCGGUGGGAAGAUUCUUCUGUUGACCGUGAUGCUCUCCGGGCCCACGAGUACUGCACUCAACUAUGCCUGCUGGGCCUGCAGCGCCGUGAUAGGCUGGACGAGAAGUGUCCCAACGUCGAACGGCACCGAGUCAACGGCGGCACCCACCAUCCCACUACUGUGGAGGAGCUGGUGGAGCAGAUCCAAUUGGGACUGGACCACAACCUGGAGCGAGCGAUGCCCAUCGUUGGGCCCGGCUACGGACGCCCUGCCCGCCCUGGCGGCUCCGGCGCCCCUUUCAAGGUCGUCUCUCCUCGGUUCGGAUACGCGGUGGUCGGAAAAGGAACCCUGUGUUGUAUCUGGCCGCGCCUCGAAUGGGAGGCGGAUGUGUACACGCAAAUUCUGGUGGCAGCACAGGGGUCCGCGGUGCCCGUGUUCCUGGGCAAGAUCAACCUGCAGCAGCCAUAUGAGCUAGAAGGCUUCGGACGGGUUCGCCACAUGCUCCUGAUGGGCUAUGGGGGUGAGGAGAUUGGUAUGGUGACGACCAUGGAUAAGUGGGACAAGUACAAUCAUCAAGCGAGGUCCGCUCACGAGAUCGAGGACCUAGGGAUUAUGCACAAGGACCUGGCGCUUCGGAACGUGCUGUGGAAUACGGAGCUGGGCCGGGCCAUGAUCAUCGACUUCGAGGCGUGCGUACUCGUGCUGGACCGGAUCGCCGAGCGGCCUGCGUGGGUGCUAGAGGAGCUGGCGAGUCGCCCGUCGCAACAAAUGUCUUUGGAAUUCAUGUUUGACAGCAGUGUGGAGGGGGAACUCUUCAAAUGCUACACAGUAGUCUUUAAAUACUAUAGCAGGCGUCGUGGUGACGCGGCCCCGCAGUAA